AUGCACGUCUCCACGCUAGGCCUCUGCAUUUUCUGCAUCAGUGGUGCCACCCUUGUUACUGCUCUCCCGUCAUCACAGGGCGCCACUACAAAUGGCCGUCAGGAUGCACCAAACGCAGUGAUUCCUCCUUAUGAGAGCGGGGUACUGGUGGACGGUGUCGAACCCGCUACUGAGCGAGACAUCCUUGGAGUGAGCCUGUCUUCUCCCAAGGGAGAUCUUGCAAGCAAAGAAAAGUCUGGAAAAGAAAACUCCGGUUUGCAAGCGAGACAAGCAGAAGCUGUUGCUCUUAUAGGUGUAACGGGCCUUGCUGUACUUUUUACUGCGUCGGCUUUUGUGUCUGCGGCGGCUGGUUUCAAAGGUCUCGUUGACUUUAGGGAAGCUCGCAAGAAGUUUACUUCAACCCAGGUAGAGGAGAUGUGGAAGCGCAACCCUGAUUAUAACAAGUUUCCUGCCGCUGCCUGUUAUAGUCUAGUCAAUCGCUUGGCGAACCCAGCUGUCUUUGAUCAAUUAGCAAACAUAACUCUCAGUGCAGGUGUCACAAGCAGGUCAGGGGCAACCAACUCUGGCACAAAGCAAAAGCUUCAGUAA